UCGCUGAAAAAAGGUCUCCAGAAAAGUUUCUCUCUGCAAAAACCAAAACCAGUGGAGAGAAAUUUCAUCAUCAUCAUCAAGGAAGGAGAAAAGAAGCUUCAAUCCAAACACACACAUCACUUGUCUUCAAUUUCUUGCAGAUUAUAACAAGAAUUGAAGGAAAACCCAGAGAUAUUUUGAGAUUAGAUUGAAAGGGUCAAGCUCAAUAGAUCCAAAUUGAGGUUCAAAAAUCUGAUUCAAUGGGGUUUGAUGAAGAAGCAGGUUCAUCAACUAAUGUUCUACCACCAUUUCCAAGAGAAGAUACACCUUUGAUUACAAGAUCAGAACAUCAUCUUUCAUCUCAACCAAAAACAUUCGCUAAUAUUUUCAUUGCAAUUGUAGGCGCUGGAGUUCUUGGUUUACCUUAUACUUUCAAGAAAACUGGAUGGGUUUUUGGGAUUCUCAUGAUUGUGUUUGUGGCUUUCUUAACCUAUCAUUGUAUGAUGUUAUUGGUGAAAACACGCAGGAAGCUUGAAUCAAAAAAUGGGGGGUUUUCUAAAAUCAAUUCUUUUGGCGAUUUGGGGUUCACUGUUUGUGGUGAAGUUGGGAGAUUCUCUGUUGAUAUUAUGAUUUUACUUACUCAAGCUGGAUUCUGUGUUAGUUAUUUGAUUUUUAUAGCUAAUACUUUCGCACAUCUAUCUAAUACAAAGAAAGUAUUAGGGUUUAGUCCUAAAGCUUUUUACAUUUGGAGUUGUUUUCCGUUUCAAUUAGGUUUGAAUUCGAUUCCAACUCUUACUCAUCUUGCACCUCUGAGUAUUUUUGCCGAUGUUGUUGAUAUUGGAGCUAUGGGUGUUGUUAUGGUUGAAGAUAUCAUGAUUUAUAUGCAAACUAAGCCUGUUUUGCAAGCUUUUGGUGGUCUUUCUGUUGUGUUUUAUGGAUUGGGGGUUGCAGUUUACGCUUUCGAAGGGAUUGGAAUGGUGUUACCAUUAGAAUCAGAGACCAGGGAUAAAGCUAAAUUUGGUAGGAAUUUGGGGAUUUCAAUGGGUUUCAUUUCUUUGAUGUAUAUUGGUUUUGGAGUAUUGGGUUAUAUGGCAUUUGGCGAAGAUACAAAGGAUAUCAUCACUACAAAUCUUGGGAAAGGAGUGAUCAGCCUGCUGGUUCAAUUGGGAUUAUGCAUCAACCUUUUCUUCACAUUCCCUUUGAUGAUGAAUCCGGUUUAUGAAGUCUGCGAAAGAAGAUUUUGUGAAGGAAGGUAUUGCAUUUGGAUGAGAUGGGCAUUGGUUCUAGCUGUAAGUUUGGUUGCACUUUUAGUGCCAAACUUUGCUGAUUUCUUAUCUCUGGUGGGCAGCAGUUUUUGUGUUGUACUUGGGUUUGUAUUGCCUUCUUUGUUUCAUUUGAUGGUGUUCAAGGAGGAAAUGAAGUUGGGAGUGCUGAUUUUGGAUAUUGUGAUUAUGGUUUUGGGUGUAAUUUUGGGAAUUUCAGGAACUGCGUCCGCAACGAUAGAGAUUUUCUCAGUGAAAGUCUAGAAAUAGUUGAGAAGAGUUGUGUCCUAUUUGUUUUGCAUUUGCCCACUUUGUUAUUUUCUUUAGGCACAGUUAAUAUUUACUGCAACUGUGUAGUGAAGUGUGUCUGGCUUGAACUCCUCUUGUUUAUAUGUGUCAAGAACUCCUUCUAUGAAUUCAUGUUCUUAUAUAAAUAAUGUCAGUUAUAUUUGAGCUCCUGCUUGCUCUUUUGCUGCUGCAAUUGAUUAGUAAGCUGGUUAAAUGAGUGCAGGUCAAUCUGAAUGGGGCUUUGGCCUAAAUGUGCAUUUCAUUUAACAAUGUGCAUCUCAUUUUGUGCUCUUCUAUGCUUUCUUCAUACUAGUGAUGCCAUGGAAUUGCCUCUUUUUAUAGGAGAUGGUGAAAAUUACUGUUGGAAUGUAACUUUGUCAAAUGAACUAUGUAAUUUGGUGCUUGAGCUUUUGAAUGAAUGAAUGCUUCCUGAA